UCUUCACUGUAGGACAACUUGUAAGGUGACGAUGCAUCUUCGGCGCUUCUCCUCCGUUGCUGCGGCUAAUCCAACACCAACCUAUGUCGACCGCAAUCCCCCCAUUAGCAUCUCGCAACGUCGCGGUGAUAGGUGCAGGCGCCAGCGGACUCGCCGCCGCCCGUGAGCUUCGACGAGAAGGCCAUCGAGUUGUAGUUUUCGAGCGAGGUGACCAGGUAGGGGGCACCUGGAUCUACACCCCAAAUGUGGAGUCCGACCUGCUCGGGACGAAUCCGGAUCGACCCGUGGUCCAUUCCAGCCUCUACCAAUCGCUCCGCACCAAUCUCCCGAGGGAAAUCAUGGGGUUUCAAGAUUACCCGUUUGUAAAGCGAGAAAGCAACGGGAGAGAUGGGAGAAGAUUCCCGGGUCACAAAGAGGUAUUGAUGUAUUUGCAAGACUUCGCAUCUGCUUUUGGCAUCAAUGAAUUGGUGCGGUUCGAGACGGAGGUUGUAUCCGCCAAGUUGGCAGAUAGUGGGAAAUGGAGGGUAAGAUCAAGAGGCAGAGGUGGCGUUGGUGUGGAUGAAAUUUACGACGCUGUGGUCGUUUGCAAUGGACAUUUCACUCAGCCUCGCAUUGCUGAUAUUCCCGGCAUUAAUGUAUGGCCGGGGAAGCAAAUGCAUAGCCAUAAUUAUCGGACACCUGAGCCCUUUCAAGAUCAAGUUGUGGUUGUGAUAGGUAACGCGUCUAGUGGUGUUGACAUCUCAAUAGAAAUUUCUGGAGUUGCUAAAGAGGUUCACGUUGCUUCUAGGUCCGUUGCAGAUGAUAAACUGGGAAAGCUACCUGGGUUUGAGAAUAUGUGGCUUCAUUCUCUGAUUGACAGUGUCCAUGAAGAUGGAAGAGUGGUUUUUAAAGAUGGAAAUGCAGUUUGUGCCGAUGUCAUUCUACACUGUACAGGGUACAAGUAUCAUUUCCCUUUCCUUGAAACCAAUGGUGCAGUGACUGUAGAUGAUAACUGUGUGGAACCACUCUAUAAACAUGUUUUCCCUCCAGCAUUGGCCCCAUGGCUUUCAUUUGUGGGGAUACCAUGGAAGGUUGUCCCCUUCAUAAUGUGCGAGCUGCAGAGCAAGUGGAUAGCUGGAAUACUGUCAAAUCGCAUUGCCCUGCCUUCUAAAGAGGAAAUGAUGGAAGAUGUGAAGGCAUUUUACUCGUCCCUGGAAAUCUCAGGCAUGCCGAAGCGUUAUGCUCACUGCCUAGGCAAGGGUCAGCAAUGGGACUACAAUAACUGGAUUGCAGCCCAGUGUGGGAUUCCUCCAGUGGAAGAAUGGAGACAGAAAAUGUAUGAAGCCGCAUCCAAGAGCAGGGUCCUCAAACCUGUGGCAUACCGCGACCACUGGGAAGAUGAUGACUUGGUUUUGCAGGCUCAACAGGAUUUUAGUCGCUGUCUCAAGUCCUGAUUUGUUCAACUCUUCAUGAUGAUCCUGCGUGAUAAAACAAUCAUAAUUAAACAUGCAUUGGGGAUAAAAUAAUGGGACCAUGAACAUUAUAUGUGUAUAUUUUAUUCCUUGAGUUAAGAUUGAUGAAUAAAAAAUAAUCUUUUAAAUUUCAGAUUAAAAUAAUUCAUCAUUUUUUGAAAUAUAAGUAAACUAUUGUUAAAUCUAGAUUUAGCAGUGGAAACUUGCAUUUUGUUCAUUAAAAACAUCAUAAGGUGAACAACAUUAAUGUUGAAGCCUUACGCUUGGUGAGCAUAAAUGGAUGCCCUGCUAUGUUGCUUUGCAUAAGCAGCAUAAGAAAUGCUGAAGGUGGACAUGCAAUGAUAAUGAUUGUACAAACAAGAGGCCAGUUGUUGAAUUA